AGGCCUGAGGCAGGAGGGACUGCCUGGCCUGCCGCUUGGUGACAUCCGGCUAAAGGCUAAAGGCUAAGGGGGCUCAGAGAUUGUAAUCCCCGGAUGAUGAAACCAUCAUGGCUGCCACUCGCUGAGCUGUCAAGCUCUCGACGAAAGAAGAGAAACAGAAAAGCCCAUGGAUUUGGUAGAUAUUUGCACAGUUACUGCUGCUGCAAAUAAAAAGCAGAGUGCAAGGAAGAAGAAUAGAGUUUGGCACAAACGGCUCCGUCGAAGGAAGCGUGCAGCUCAGCUCCCAACUAUGCAACGUAAAGCUCAAAAUGGUCCAAAGAAGUUACCAGAAAAACGCGAGCAAAGGACAGAGUGGCCUUCAUCAACGAAGCCCCACCUGGAGGCACAGGAGAGUGAAAGCUGCACAAACCAUAGUAUUGAUGCACUCAGGUUUAUGUGCAUUCAAUGCAAGGACAAUUUGGAAUAUGUUCCCAAAGACUUGGUAAGACACUUUGAGGAAAACCACAGAGGGAGCUCACCUGUUUUUUGUUGUCAUAUGUGUCCCUUUGAUGCACAUGACUUCGCCUACCUUCAGGUUCAUCUGUUAAGCCACAAGGACACUUUUUCUAGCUGCAUUAUUUGUAAUGAUGAUGUGAAACGCACAUGGUCUGAACUGAGUGCACAUCUCACAAUGCGUCACUGUCAAAAUGGCAAAUAUUCAUGUGAAAAGUGUCAGGGAUUCUCCACUGGCGAUGUGACUGUGUUUUUAGAGCAUAUGUGUGCACAUCAUCUCGGCCUCCAAAGAGCACAUGAGAUUGGACUUCCCAAGGACAAUACUCAAUUUGGGUCUAUGACAGCAAGUCAAACAUUAUGUUGUCCCCACUGCAGCUAUGAAGCAUCUCAGAAGUGGGUACUUGCAAAGCACAUUAAUGCAAACCAUGGUUGCCAUAAAGGUAACCAGAGGAAGAAGGAGAUCCAUUCCAUAGCAACAAAAUCAAACAACACCCAAAUUACACCAAGGUUAACAAGGAGUACAGUGAGGGAAAUGUGCUGGUUGACACAGGACUGCCUUUCUCUUCCAGGUAGAGACUUCCUGGAGAAGUACUGCCAUUUGUCUGAUCCCCAAACUACACUAGAGAAGACCCAGCAGUUUUUAAUGAAAUCUGUUGCAGGUGAAAAGGGUGACCGGAAAUGGACCAAGGCUCUCAAAUCUGUUCUGUCUAAUGUUCCUCAAGACAUUAACGUCCAUCCAAAGUCUGAGAAUGGUAUCCUGUCGAAUUCAGAGGAUCUCACAGUCCUCACGGUCCAGAACAAGAUAACAGUAGCUCAGAAUGCUAUAAGCUAUGCUAAAAGACUGAAAAUGGUAGAGAAGAUGGAAAAAGAAAGUCUUACACUUGAAAAUCCUGCUGGCGAUGCUCAUUAUGAUGUUGGGCAAAAGGGAUGUCAAGUAAUUUUGAAUGAUGACCCACAUUACCUUGAGACUGAAACAAAACUCAGUAAAGAUUCAUUAACUUCCACCCACAAUGAACCACUUGAUUGUGUCCAGAUCAUUGAAAAUGGAGAGAACCAGGAUUUAAAGACCAACUUCAAUAUUGGGACAGAUGUAAGGCCUGAAAAUGUGCAACUCAGUUUGGAUGGAAUCAGUAUUUAUGGUGAGCCAGUUGUCAUAAAUGAGAGCCAAGAGCAAAGAACCACUUAUAAAGACAAACCAAAAAAUAAAACUCUGAGAAGAGGGAAAAGAAAGUCCAGAUCUGAAAAGGUGCAGAAUGUAACCUCUGAAUUAGCCUUGAAGAUUGUGUUAAAGAAAAAUCCUGUCAAAGAGAGGCAGUGGGUGUCACAAAGCCCUUUACUUACAGUAGAUGGUCUUCCAGUGGAGGAUCAAUACAAAGGACCAAAUUCUGACAGAACAGUGAAGGUCUCAAUACCGGUGACUGAUCAGCAAGACCCCCAAGAAGCCAAUGCAGCAGCACAUGCACCAUCACGGGCUGAACUUCCUCCACAUUGCACUGCAAAUCCAGCAAGGUCUGAAAAUGUUCUCAUCAACCAGCCUGUUGUGUUUGAAGAUUUGCUAUUGCCAUUUGAAAGAAAACAUAAUGAUGCAAACAAAUCGCUACAAUUCUUGGAGACCGUUCUUGACAAGAGCAUCCUGUCAAAUUUAACAAAGACUGCAGUUGAGGUGUGUCCCGAGAGUGCUCAGCUCUCUUCCUCCAGUGUUUUCCCAGACUGCAGUCUGUCAGCCAUUGAUGGAGCCACUCAAAGCAGCCACAGCAAGUCUCCCCCUCUUUCACAACCAGCUAUUACGCAAAAGGGUGUGAUGAACUCAGGAAGAGCGAGGCUAACAGUGUCUACAGAACAGAGCGACCAUUGUGUAGAAGUGCCUUCAGGCUUCAACCCAGAGCUUCUCAACAAUGCUGACCCGCCGAUGGAGAAUGCCAUCCAACAGGAAUCGUGGCCAGCCUUUGUAGGCGGCCGGGAGCCUGCUCCAAAAAGCCUGCAAAGAACUCUGAAAUUGAUAGCAAUGUACCCCACUCAGUUGGUAAGGCGUCCAGUGAGAGACCAGCCUGUUGUGGUACUCAAUCACCCUGAUGCAGACAUCCCAGAGGUGGCCAGGAUCAUGAACGUGGUUGGUCGUUACAGAGGAGCUGUGCAGAAGGUCAUUCUGUCAAAAAGGACUCUGAACGCGCUUUCAACCGCGACCAACAGGACCCAUGAGACAAACCAUUAUAUGGCGGCUCAGACCCAACCACUGUGGCACGGGGAGAACUUGGUCCAGGAAAGGUUUGUUUUAAAGCUUAGGCUGCGGAGACUGAGCAGGAAAAAGUAUGAGGUGGUCGGUGCAGUUUCACCCAGCAUGAAGGUUGCAAAGAAAUUCAGUUGCUGGUUUUGUGGCAGGGUCUUUGACAAGCAGGAGGUUUGGAUGGUCCACCGGCAGAGGCAUCUGAUGGACUGGAAAAGGCCAAACUGUGAGAACUUUUAAAUGUCGCGUACACUGGAAAACAAAAUACAAUACAGCUAAACAAUCAUGGAAACAGUGACAAUCAUCUUUUCAGAGUCUUAAUUAACCGUUGUCGCACAUCCAAGACAAUCUCAGGGUAACAUUACCUACCAUAAUCUUUUGUCUUGCCCAGUUUGAGUAACUCCUUUUGAAACUUCAUGAAAUUUCACAAUAAUAGUCAAUAGUCACAAUAAUGUGAUUCCUUUAGUUAUUAGUACCCUUUGUGUUUGCCCACGCAAUCGCUUUAUUUAAAUACACUGUCACAUUUUAGAAAACACUGUAAAUGUGUAUUGCCACACAGUUGCAUGGGGGUAGGCUGUAACUAACAUUUGUUUUAGGAAUGGGAUGCCGAGACCCACGUUAGUCAAAUAUACCAAAAACUGUGUAUUUCUAAAAGAAGAAGAAGAAAAAAAGCAAUAAGCUGUUUUAUUCAACAUUUAUUUAUGAUUCUUAUGUAUAGACUUUAUUUUUGGUUCAAAGGAAUAUUUCUUGUAAAUGUUUUGUAAAUUCCAAAUAAUGUUCAAAUCUAGUAUUAUCUGUGAUGGAUAUAUUUUCCUGCAUUCAUUUAAUGGGAGCAGAUAUUCCUGAACACGCGCUACAUUUUUAUACCUAAAGGUGUGUUUUAUAUUUCAGCGAAUGAUAGACUAUAGUUUUUUGAAAUCUCACCUGGAUUGGUUGUGUUGUUUUUCAAUUAGUUUACUUUUGUUUGACUUGAAAAUGAUCUAGUUUUUUUUACUUGCACUAAAGGAGGAGUUCUAUUUCCUUUACCUCACCUCAAGCCGACAAUCUCAACAGGUGUCCUCCUGUGGUAAAACAUCUCCUAAAGCAGCCAUGAGAUCUCAGUAUUGACAGUACAGGAACUGUGGUGUGUGUGUGUGUGUGCGCGCGCGCGUGUGUGUGUGUUUCUGUGUCAUUCCACAGCCCUUUCUGUAAGUCACUGUAAAUAUCAAAUCUUCAAUUCUGACAAGAGAUUUCUUAUUGUACAUAGUUGAGCUCGUGGUACUGUAAGAAUAUUUUCCAUAAAGUGCCUUAAUUCUUUUUUUUGUUUUUUGUUUUUUUGUUUUUUUGUUAUGCAACCAAUCUGCAUAAGCAUUAUUUGUUGAUCAGAGAAUAAAUGCAAGUUGUGUGUUCGUGGUGACAUGAUUAAAGAGACUGAGUUACAUAUUGCUUUUGCUUUAUUUGAAAAAUACAACUUGUAAGUUACUAAAAAAAAAAAAUCCUGCUACAGCUACUGUCUCAGCCUUUUCGUUAAUUUGAAUACUGAGUGAACACUGCAAAGCAUCUCAAUAAAACAUGUUCAAAGUC